AUGUGGCAAAAAGUGUUACGUCGACGGCCCCUGGACGAUCAAUUCCUUCGACAUUCUGAAUGGGUCAGGCGCCUUGGAAUCCCGCUCGUAAUUUCUUUGGGUUUGUUCUAUUUCAGAUUAAUCUGGUUGCAAUCGAAAGAGCUUUUCAAGGCCUACAAGAACAUAUAAAUUUCAUUAUUUUUCAUCAGGUAUGACUUGAAAUAAAGUCGUUUGAAUCUCGUAUAUUAAAACCUCUUAAAGUUGUUUUUACCCUAGUCAAAGUCUCUCAAUAACAUUUCAAAGCAAUACGAUCAGGAUCAGCUUAAAAAUCUCUCCCGACUGAUGCUAAUUUCACUGCGCAUCAACUCAAGAUUCAAAAUUUCAGCCGGAAUCAAGAGCGUCUCUUUAAUGCUGUUCAUCAUUCUACCCGUUUCCUUGACGACUUUUGCGGGUCCUUCUACGAUUUUCGCUUUGAUUAUCACUUUUUUGGUUGUUUUCUUGUCAGGUUUGCAUAUUUUUCUAAUUUUAAGGUGGGUUAGGAAAAUGACCUGAAAAUCGAAAAAAUGGCAUUUUCUUCACUGUUUUAUUGUCGGUAUCAUUCCAUGAUCAUAUGGUAAACAUGUGAAAUAUUUAUGUAACAUGAGCAACAAGCUUUAAAAUGAGCAAUAUCAAUUUUUCAGCAGCUCACCUGGCUGAGCUAUCCUGUGCGAUGCCGAAAAACUGCGUCCACUAUCAUUUCGCCUAUUCGGCCUUGGGUGAACUCCCGGCUUUUUUGAUUGCUUGGGCCAGUCUUCUUGAAUAUUUGGCCCAAGCCUCGUUGUUCUGUCGCGCUUGGGCUGAUCAUUUUGUGAGGGUUCUUUUUGUAUAAAUAAAAAAGUUGGGCUCUUUAGCUCCUUAAGUGGCCUCUUAAAGAGUUUAAAACAAUGAAGGUCAAAUUUCAAGAUUCAGUGGACUUCUCAUCUGCAAACUUGAGAUUUAAAAUUGAAAAAAAAAAUAUUUCCAGAACCUCCUUUUCCGAGGAGCCCCUCAAGUGCUUUCGAUUUCAUUCGCCUCGGAAGAUUCGUCAUUUUUGAGUUCAAAUGUCGAUUUUUUGACUGUUAUCGCGGCGGUUAUCACCUUGAGCAUAUUGAUGUGCAGUAUCAGGGUGAGUUGGCGCAGUGGCUAAGUGAUUAGGGUUCGAAUCAGAGGUCGAAGGUUCGGUUCCUAUAGACGUUUUUCGAAGAAAGCUUGGUGUUCGUGGCUAAGAAUAGGAUACAGGUUCAAGUCCUGUCUUCAUUUUUGCCUUUAUUUAAUCUGAUUGCUUUUAAAAUAGAUUCUGGGUACUAAAAAAAACCUUUAACUAAUUUUUUUGACGCCUUGGUCUAUUGGCUAAAAGAUUAGAACGUGAAUAAAUUGACCACUGGUUCGAACCCGCUCCCCGUUUUUGCCAUUUUUUCUACGAUUUGCGGUUUCCAUACAAAAAAGAUGAAAUAAAAUGCGCUCAGCCUCGUGGCUAACCAUCUUAAUUUUAAACCCGAAGGUCUCUGGUUCAAUCCCAAACCGCUGUGAAUUUUUUUUUUGAAUACGAAUAAUUUUUUCCAGGUGGUCGGAACGAUUUGCGUCAGUCUUCUGGCCGUCGCUCUGUUAAUUUCGGCUUCUUGUUCACUUGUGGCGUUUUUCCACGCCGAUCCCGACAAUUGGAUCCGCGCCAAGUUCUUCACUUUUGGUUUCCAAGGGGUGAGAUUUGAAGAAAAAAAAUUCCAGAAGUCGAUCAAAUUUCGAUGAUUUUUCUGUUUCAGAGAGGCUAAAAAUUUCCAUAAAUCCCCUCACUCACUUAUUCCUGGAUAGAAAGAAGGUCAAGUCAAGAAAAUUAUUCCAAUUUCGCGGCCAAAUAGUAGUAAACCUUUCCAAUUAAGAUUGGGGGGUGGGUUUUCAAAAUUCGAAGUAAGAAGCUUAUUUCUAACCCAAAAAUGCACUAUUCCCAGGUUCUUCAUGCAAUCUGUGCAUUAUGUGCUUGCUAUACCGGAGUUGAAUCCACUACAAGUUUGUUGGAAGAGACCAAAAAUCCGAGAAAACGCGUCUCCGGCGUCUUUUCCUUCCUCGUCGUGGCCCUCACCGCCAUUUUCUUCAUCGCCACCUUGGUUUUCAGGUUCUUUUCGUCAUUUAAAUAUGUUAUUAUGGAUCCUGAAUUUUCGGAGUCAUUGGCAAAAAUGAAUGGAUAAAGUUUGACGUGGAGAGGAGUCCAACCGGAGACCCCUUCAGAUCUUUGUAAUCUUAAAUUUCAAUUUUUAACCUUUUGGCUCUGCUCCAAAAUAAACUUUUUCAGUUUUUUAACGUGUAUAGUGAACUUUUACAAUAUUAGACCUGAAAAAAAAUGGCAAAACAAUUUUGGGGUGGAGGGGGAUCGAACACGAGACAUUUCUAGCAUCAUUUAAUGUCUUUUCCACUGCGCUAUGAGGUUUUUUUUUAGACUCAAAACCUUUUCAAAAGUUUUUUGAAAGGGUUUUAGCCUUCUGAUAGCUUACUAGUUCAAAGAUAGGCCCUCAAAAAGUCAGGAAAAAUGGCAAAAAAUUAUAAACGCCGAGUGGAGUCGAACUAGGACCUUGUUUUACACAAGUUUAGGCAUAUAUCUACUGCUCUUGAUGAUUUUUUUUAUUUAGAGAGUAUCUCAAACCAUUUUGAAUUAUUAUUAGCUUGGUAUUUUGAAGAAAAACCUGAUAUAAAAAGACAAAAAACGCCUAGGGGAACCGAACCAAUGACCCGUUUUUCAGCCUUUGCACCAACGUUUCUGAACUAUCGGACAGCAUUUUACUGCCUGAAAUCUUCACAAUGCUCAACAUACCUGCCGCCAAGUAUUUUUUUUCUCACUAUUUCAAUUUUAUAUUUAUCUUCUUUUCACUUAACUUCUCACUGUCGCUUGUGAUGGCCUUCAGCUAGUUUAGACCGGAAAAGUUUCAAAAUCAACAAGUUAGCUCAGUGGCUGAGUGUCUUGACUAUCAAUCAGAACGUCGCUAGUUCGAAUCUUCUCGAUUUUUUCAGAGCUCACAGCGAAUUUGGUUUCCUACGCAUGCGGUUUGUUGCAAAUUGAGUCCAACUUUAUCCUGAGCUUUUCCUUUUUUUGGAAGCUGCUUUUGCAAAAUUGCACGAUUGAUGAAGAUUUUCAAAGCCUUGGACGCACUUGGAACGGCCCAAAGCUUCUUCCCGGCGAGAUUCCAUAGCGCAAGUAGUUUUAAGUCCGAUGCACAUUUGAGUCAUUCCAAAUGCGACUGUUUCAGCCUGCGCCUGAGCUUUUUCCAUUUUUUUUUCUUUUUUUUCUCUUGAUUCCUUGGUUGUUUGACCCUUGUGAAAAUGAUUACAGUAAUCUUAGGUCUACUGUAGAAUUCUGAAUUUUACAGGUACAUGCUUACGGUAUGCUCAGUUUGUGCACUCUCUGGCGGAGUUUUAGCCUCUUUUCUACCUGCGACGAGGGUCAUUGCAGCUCUUUGCAACGGUAUACUGUAGGAUUACGGUAAUAAAAUGUUUCUUACUGUAGACCGGCUGAUACCGUACGCCAAGGACUCUUCUACUAAAUCGCCGUAUUUUGCCGUCCUGCUCUGUACGGUUCUUGUCUCAGCAUCUGCACUGGUCAGAAAAUCGGCUCUUUUGAAUUUUGUAGUCUUUGCUGCUCCAGCGAAACUUGUGGUUACGGUGGGUUACUGUAGAUGCAGAAAAUUGAGAAUAUAAAGAUUUAGAUAGCCUUGACGUAUAUUCAACAUUUUCUAACUGAGCCGAUUGGAAUCCCGCAUGAGACGAGCAAUUAUAAGUGAGUUUGAGCCUUGGUCAGAAGGGUCACAGGUUCAACUCCUUGCAGCGUUUUUGCAAGUUGAAGUUUUCAGAUCCAUCGGGAAGCGACGUCUUCGGAUCAGUAUGAACGACGGCGUCUCUACCGACGAAGAACCGGACCGUCCAGAAGACUGUGCCAGCCAUUCCACCUUCGACACGACCGCUUUUCUGUACCUGAGUGCGGCCCGAGCCGAGUCUGACAGGCUCCAGAAGAAGCUGGAGAAGGUGGUUUGAGCUCUUCGAAGAAGGGCUUGAGGAAGGUGUUUUGAAAAGCCAGAAAGGGUUGACUGAAGGGCUACAGAAAUGUUUUUGAGAAAGGUAGUUAAGUAGGCUUCAAAAGGGCUCUAGAAGGGUAGAAAGGGGUAGUUUGACAGGCUCCAAAAUUGACUCAGAGAAUCAGUCUUCCUGGUUAUAAAAUUUAAUAUAAGAGCUUGUCGGAAAAGGCUUUAAAAAAAGGUAGUUCGAAGGCCUUCAAAAAGACUUUAAAAGGGUAGUCCGAAAGCUUCUCAAUAUCAAUUUUUGAUAUAACUUGGAAAAAGCUACUGAAAGGUUUCAAAAUGAUAGAAAAUAGUAGAUUCCAAAACAUUUCUUCACAUCAUUUUGAAAAAGAAAUUGCGGAAGCUUUGAAAAAAAAAAGUCCCCAAUAGGCUCCAAAGCAGCUAGGAAAAGGUAGUCAGACAGAUUUGGAAAAAUUUUGGGAAAAAAGAUUCUUAAAAAUCUCGAAAAACUUUUGACUUGGUAAAAAAAAUUUCACGGCUUCGAAAAGGGUUGAGAAAGGUACACCAAAAGGCUCCAAAAAGUUUUUUAGAACAGUGGUUUUGAAAAAUCAAAGCUCAAUGAGAAGGUUUCAAGCUUGCUACCCGUCAAAAAUGAUUUUUUUAAAUGAUUUUUUCAUAAUAUCUUUUUGAUGAUGUAUAUCUCUGGUGCACAUUUAUGACUUUUUGAGGCAAUAAAGGAAUACUUAUUUUAGCAAAAGUGGCUUAAGCAUUAGAAUCUUAUUGAAAAGGUAUCUGGUUCGAUCUCCACCCAUGAUAAAUUUUUUUUUUUGCAUUUUCAUAAUUUAUCUCUUUCAGCAACAACUUGCCGAAUUUAACGAGAACCAGCCAGUCCUGCCGAAAUCCGUUUCUCAGUAUCAUACUAUGGUAUGGUAUAGAAAUUGAUUUUUUAGAAUAAUUUGAUUAACUUUUUUUCAGGAGAGUACUCGGCCAACGACCUUGACAACACACAAUUGUAUAGCGCAUCAAUGCGAAACUUAUGAUAGUCAAGGCAAGUGGAUAAAGAGCUUGAUCAUUAAAAAUGGGUUGUUGGUUCGGGUCCAAGAGGCGUUUUUGCCGUUUUUGAAAGCCUUGAUAAAUUGAAGAAUGCUUACUUUCCCUUGAAUUUCAUCGAAAAAAGACUUGAUUGGGUAAAAUAGGUUGGGGGCUCGAGCCUAGGAGGCGUUUUUGUCGUUUUUGAAGCCUUGAUAGAUUGAAAAAUGGGUUGUUCGUUCGAAUCCAGGAGGCGUUUUUGCCGUUUUGAAAGCCUCGGGAAAUUAAAAAAAUGCUCAAUUGUCCUUGAAAAAAGGUUUUAGUGAGAAAAAUAGGAAAUUGAAGAAUGCCUUUUUUCUUUGAAUAUCAUUAAAUAAAGGUUGAGAAAAAUGGGUUAUUGGUUCGAGUCCAGGAGACUUUUUUGCCGUUUCUGAAUGCCUUGACAAAUUAAAAAUGCUCACUUUUCCUUGAAUUUCUUCGAAAAAAGGCUUGAAUGAGAAAAAUAGGUUGUUGGUUCGAGUUCAGGAGGCGUUUUUGCCGAUUUUCCGAACUUAAAAUGAAUAAAAAAUUCAGGAAACGUUGAAGACUCCCAACACGUUCAUCUGUUUGGAAACGGGGUGUGUGUUUUUUUUUUAAACGUGAAAAUAUCCCUCAAGUGGUCUCAUAUACAUUUUUUCCAUGUUUUUGGGACCUGCGUCUUUAGAUUUUUGAUUGGUUCUUUGUUACUAUAGUGGUCUCUUCAAAGUCUGUAGGCUUUUUUCAAGUUCCUUCAAAAGCUCAAAAGCUUCAAGCUUAUAUUGACUUGAAAAAAAUUGAAUAUUCAAAAAAAAUAUAGUCACUUUUCCAGGACUGUGAAAUGCCAUUCUUCUCCUCCUACCCAUCGACCCCAAGACCCACCUCUCCUUCCCUGCUGUCCAGUCAAAACGAUCGAUCUGCCCUAAUUUUGAUAGUUUUUAUCGUUGCCACGAUGCUAAUGGCGCUGAUUUUGAGGAAUUUCGGGCUCAAAUCGGUGAGAAUUUGAGUUAAAAGUUAUUAAAAUGCGAUCAUUUAGUCCUCCUCCGUAGUUCUCGUGGCCCUUUUCCUUCUCUUAAUCGUCACUUGUACAGUUUUGGCCUGCAAACUGCCGACCAACGAUUACCUGCACAGGUAUAGUCGAAUCACAGAGAUUUGGAAGGCUUUGGUCGCAUUGGGAAUGGCUCAAAUGGCUCAUUUUAAAGCUUCACCCGACCAAGAAACGACUUCCGCGCAAAUCUUGGAUUGAGCCAUUCCAAAUGCGGCCAGAUGAGUUUAUUCUCAAUCCAUCAAUUUUCGAGUUUCAGAAGGACGGCAAAGGUACCAUUAUUCCCGGUCCUUUCAUUUCUUCCGCUCUUCAUUUUGUUAUUAUCUAUUUUUGUCUCAACUUCUUGGAGCACAUUUGUUCAUGCGACGUUGGCGAUUAUUUUUGGUGAGGAUUACGGUUGGGUUACUGUAGGGAUGAGAAAGUUGUUUUCUAUAGGCAUAAUUUUUCUAGAAUUGUGCUCAUGAUUCUGAAUUUUCUGGCACCUGAAACAUGAAUUAAAAAACCUACAGCCUGAUUUAUAAUUUCGAGCUUAAAAAAAGGACCUGAAAGUUAAGGUUUUUGUUAAGUCGAGAAUUUUCCUUAUGGUUUUCUGAAGGCAUAACUUUUCUAUAUGCUCCUAAUUCUGAAUUUUCUGGUACCUGAAACAUGAAUUUAGGACACCUACAGCCUAAUUUAUGAUUUUUGAAGGUUUCGAGACUUUUUCAGGCCUUUUUCUCUACGCCUCCUACGGCUUCCGGCACAGCGCCCUGCGUAAUCAGCGGUGUGUCGUAAUCGAAAAUCAGUUCCCCGAUGAUAUUGAUCAGUAUCAUCCGAUAAUGGGCGAUGAUCGGACCUCUGUGAUGUGA